AUGUUGACAUUUUUGCAGCUCCAGAUUCUUUACCUGAUCUCAAGGAUUGGUUUCUUUAAAAAAAUUUUUUUCCAAUUUAAAAUUUAUUCUAGGUACAUUCUCAGCGUUGUUUUAAAAGCACAUAACGGCCCUUUCUCUUUUGGCAUUUUAGUCAAACUUUUUUAUGAAUGUUUUCCACUCAAAUUAAUGGUUGAUUUUUCUUCUACAAAAAUGUUUAUUAGCAGUGGAAGCCUUACAAACGAUGGAAAAUCGCUUGGAGCAAGCGAAUUGGAAGCAUUCCUUCGAUUAUCAAGUCAUCAUAAACAAACAAUGGUUAAUUCUGUGGAAGUUGCUGAACGUUUCAAAGCCUUUUCAAGUACACACAAACCUACAGAUGUAUUAAGCUCUAAAGGACCUUCAUUUUUAGUAGAAUUAGCAAAUAGAUAUAAUAUAAUUGGUGGAUAUUGGAUUAUGUUUUUUCAAGAUUUGGAUAUUUCUCAAAGAGAAGGCGCUUUCAAUCUCUUACUUGAAUCUGCAUACAAAAAUUGGGGACCUAUAAGUCGUUUCAAUGCAAAAAUUUCUUCUGAUAAUUUUAUUAUUUGUUUUGGAAAUAAAUUAACCACAAGUAUAAUGAACCCAGCAAAUUUGGACUCUUCUCGACGCAAAACUGAAGUAACUGAUCCUGGUGCUUUAAAAGUUAGACAAAUUGUUGAUAAAAUUUAUGCAAAAAAUUGUUAUUAUUUUGGUUCAAUGCAUAUGAAAUGUAAGGGUUUAUUUUUGAAUUUUGAAUUAAAAAAAUAUUUUUUUCUUGUAGAUAAACCAGACAUUAUGAGGUUUUAUUUUUAUUAA